GCGCGCGUCAUAUGAGCUACCCGAGCGGAACUGGAGCGCGCGUGGUGUCUCCGCCGCAUGUGACGUAGAAUAUUUUGUACGGGAGCGAGCCUUUUAGCAGCCCUGUGUUGGUGUUGGAGAGAGAGGGGGGUUAAAAAAAAAGUCAGUGCAGCUAAUUUCACGAUCAUUUGUGAACCGAGUGGACAGUGCCUUGGUCGAGCUGAAGGCUGAUUUAGACAUGUCGGAGGACAACGACGAAACCCAGACCGCAGAAGAGACACCGGUGGAGGAGACGGAGUCACAAGACCAGGUGAUCAGUCCAGAGAAGGCAGAAGAAGCUAAGCUGAAGGCCAGGUACCCAAACCUGGGGCACAAACCCGGAGGUUCUGACCUGCUUCGCAAACGCUUGCAGAAGGGGCAAAAAUACUUUGACUCUGGCGAUUACAACAUGGCUAAAGCGAAGAUCAAGAACAAACAGCUGCCAACAGCUGCGCCGGAGAAGACGGAGAUCACAGGGGACCACAUCCCCACCCCCCAGGACCUGCCCCAAAGGAAACCCUCCCUGGUGGCCAGCAAGCUGGCCGGCUGAUCCACAUGCGUCCUUACGACCGCCCACCUCAUCACCCUCCAUGACCCUGCUCCACCCGAGCCUCAGAGCUGUAACAUUAUCCACUCAUGCACCCCGACCCUCUUUCCACUCCACACCAGCCUGGACAAACCCAAACAGAACCAAACGGUCAGCAAAGUGGCCGGCUGAUGGCUUCUUAUCAUUUUUCAUUUCAGCCGUUUCUGGUCGAGUCCCUUCUGUUUUCCCCACUUCACCUUUUUCUUUGCCCCUUCUUAUAUUUUCAGUCUACUUCAUGUAAGAUACAGAGAGAGCGUGUUGAUUGGUCUGUGGUGCCCCUUUGUACGGUAGGACUACUGAGUUAGGACGGGCGAGCCGCAGAAGCUGCAACACGCGUAUCUGGAAUGCUUUAGCGUAAAGUUCAGGGUUCCUCAGAUGAAGAUGAUUUAUGCCUGUAGCUGUACGCCUGUAUAUAUUUGUCCAUGUUUGGCACAGGGAGACGGGACGAAAUCAGCCCGUUCAGAACAUUUUACAUCCAAUCGGCGAAUUUUUCCGUCUGUACGUUUGCGAGACGAGUCCCUCCGACCCGGAGGGAAAUCUUUGUUUAGACGUUUUGCUUCCUUGUUCGAGGACGUGUUUGGACGGGAAUCUUAACGCAAGCUUCACCGCUUUCCCCACUCGAUUUCAUUCUAAGAACGGGCAGGUGUCGAGGCAGACGAUGCGGUGUACAGACGCGCUCGGUGAUUCAUUCGGGGCGAGAUGUGUUCGCUUCGAGACUGAAGGAAGAACUUUUUGGGGUUUGGCCCGUAUUUAUUGGGCGCAGCUGUGUUCCUGCUGGAGGUUACAGUUGUCUUGAGUGAAUCAUCGUGCUUAAAGAAGGGGAGGUGAAUAGGUGUGGGAUACAUUAAAGAUAAAACCCUGUAACUAUGUGGUUGACCAGUCUGUCUAUAUAUAUAUGAUAUAUAAAAAGUGUACUGGGAAUACAUAAUGUAAUAAGUUAGGAGGAGUAACUAUAGGUUGCAGUUUUAUCUUCAAAAAGUCCUCAGCCCUGUUUUGCUUUUUGAAGCGUGACCACCGACCGGCGAUGCUAGCGUGACAUCUGUGUGAGCUCUGCAUGUAUAAUAUGGCUGCCCCGCUGACACAAUGUGCCAUUUUGUUUUUGUAAAUAAAAUAGUUUUGCACAAAU